AAAGAACUUCUUUUAAAAAAUAAAAUGCAAUGUUUAUUAAUUUACGACCAUGAUACUGAAAAAUCUGGUGCAGCCUUAAACGUAAAAGCAGGCUUUUACCAAGAUCCUGCAGAAACUCCCGGUUUAGCCCAUUUUCUUGAACAUAUGUUAUUUAUGGGUACUUAAAAAUACCCUAAUUAGAGUGAAUAUAGCGAUUAUUUAUAGAAAAAUAGCGGUUUUUCUAAUGCAUAUACUAGUGGAAACGAGACUAAUUAUUAUUUUACAAGCUCCUGUAAUUCAAUAGAGGGUGCUUUAGAUAGAUUUAGUUAAUUUUUUAUAAGUCCUUUGUUUUUUGAAUCUUGUGUAGAGCGUGAAAUGAAGGCAGUAGAUAGUGAACAUUAGAAAAAUUUAAACUAGGACAAUUGGAGAAUGCAUUAAUUGUUUAGAUUUUCGAGUCUAGAAAAUUCUGAGUAUAGAAAAUUCGGGACUGGGAAUUUAAUGAGUUUAAAUAAGGAAAAAAUAAGGGAAGAAUUAAUUGAAUUUUACGAGAAAAAUUACUCUGCGAAUUUAAUGAAGUUAGUAGUGUAUUCUAACUCAGAACUAGAUAUUAUGGAAAAAUGGGUUUAGGAUAAAUUCGAAAGCGUUAAAAAUAAAGACUUAGAAGGCUUGAAAAAAUUUAGUUGUGAAAGCUUUAAUAAGGAAAAUUUAAAUGGAAAUAUAUGGAAAAUUGUACCCGUUUAAAAUAAUCAUUGUCUUUAAAUUAAAUGGAUUUUAGAUAAUAUGUAGGGCCUUUAUAAAAAUAAUCCUUUGAAUUACCUAUCACAUGUUUUUGGACAUGAAGGGAAAGGGUCUUUAUUAUAAAUUCUUUCAGAUUUGCAUUUGGCAAGUGAAAUUUCGUGUAGUAAUGGAAAUGAGGUCGGGUCGUUUUCGUUUUUGUAAAUUAAUAUAGAUUUAAGUGAUUAAGGAGUCGAAAAAUACGAGGAAGUGUUAAAAAUAGUGUUUGAAUAUGUCAAAAUGGUGAAAAAUAAAGGAAUUUAAAAAUGGGUUUUCGAAGAAAAGAAAUUAUUGUCGGAAUUAAACUUCGAAAAUAAAGAUAAGGAAAAACCUUAAAAUUAUCUAUAAGUACUUUCCUCGAGAAUGUAAAAUUAGCCUAUUGAAGAUGUCUUAAUCUAACCUUAUUUAAAUGAGAAAUUCGAAGAAGAGGUUUUUUAGAAAACUGUAGAUAAUUUAAAUAUUGAAAAUAUGAGGAUUUAAGUUAUUUCAUAAAAUUUUAAAAAUGAAUGUAUUUUAUAAGAACCUGUUUAUAAUACUAAAUAUACUAUAUAAUAUUUACCUGAUUAUUUAAGAAAUUUUUUUAAUGAGAAUAAUUUUAAUAUAAAUAUGUAGUUUUUAGAAAAAAAUUAGUUUUUACCGAAAAAUAUGAACCUUUUUUAAAUUUAAAAUAGGGAAAAUAAUAUUCCUUUGAAUGUUAUUAAAAACAAAUAAAGUGAAAUUUGGUUUAAGGAAGAUUUUUUGUUUAAAAAACCGAAAGCAGUUAUUUCUGGGAGAAUUCUUUUAAAGGAAAAUAUUUAAAGACCUGUUUAAAGAAGUGUCUUUUUUGCGCUAUAUAUUAUGCUUCUAAAUGACAAUUUGAGGACUUUUAGGUAUAAUGCAGAAAUGGCAUAUUUGGGAUGCUCUGUAGACUACUAAACUGUUCCAUUAGUAUAAAUGUUGGUGGUUAUAAUGAUUGCUUGGAAGCUUUUUUAAUCAGUUUAUGUGAAAAAGUAGCCUAGUUUUAAUGUUUGGAUAAGGAAAAGUUCAAUAUUUAAUAUUAGAAAUUACUCAAAUCUUAUUAGAAUAUAUAAAAAGCAUAGCCUUAUUUAUUAAUAGGACAGUUUGCUUAAGGGUUCUUGCAAACUAAUGGGAUUAAUCCAGAUGAAUUCGAAUAAACUUUAGUUUAGGACGUUUCAUUUGAGAAGUUUUUGGAGUUCUAAAAGAAUAUUUUUGAAUCUGUUAGAUUUAAAUGGCUGGCUAUUGGAAAUUUAUAAAAGGAAAAAGUCGUUUAGAGCAUUUUGGAAUGCUAAAAGUAAUUUUAAGGGAAUAUUUUGGAUGAAAAAGACGUAUUUUUAAUUCGAGCAGUAAAAUUAGUACAAGGAAAAACUUAUUUUUAUGAAAAAAAAUUAAAUAAGGAAGAAACCAAUAGUUGUUUUUAAGUUUAUUGGUAAUAUAAGGAGGAAAAUAUUAGGAACAUAAUUAUUUGUGAUUUAAUUUAAAUUAUUAUGAGAGUUCCUUGUUUUGAAAAAUUAAGAACUGAUGAAUAAUUAGGAUAUAUUGUAGGAAAUUCAUGGUAGAUUUUUAGAGGAGUUAUUUCUUUUUAGAUUACUGUUUAAUCGAAUGUAAGAAGUCCUAUGUUUAUUAGUUAAAGAGUAGAUAACUUUUUAAAUGAGUUUUCGGAAAAAUUAAAAUAGUUAAAUGAAGUUGAAUUUGAUAGUUAUAAAAAGAGUUUUUUAAAUAAAAUUAAAUAAAAAGACUGUAGUAUUUUUGAUGAAAAAUAAAGAUUUUGGAAUGAAAUUGUAGAAAAUAAAUAUGUUUUUGAUAGAAAAAAUAGAUUGAUAGAUGAACUU